ACGACGACGAAGAAGAAUCAGCGCGGAGAAGGGUACUGUCUGACUUCCAGCAUCAUCACCAGUCCUCCUCUCCACCAUCACUUCUAACCGAAAUCUAACACCUCGCACAUUGGACUGUGUUUUCACCUGACCACACUCAGUUCAGAUCUGCCAACAGUAUGGCUGACAAAAGUGAGCUGAAAGCUGAGCUGGAGCGGAAGAAACAACGGAUUGCCCAGAUCCGAGAGGAGAAGAAGAGAAAAGAAGAGGAGAAGAAAAAGAAAGAUGGAGACUCUAAGCGAGGAGGGGAGGUGAGCAGUGUGUCCUCCACAGGCCAUGAAGACACUGACCUGGAGAGGAAGAGGAGAGAGGCAGAGGCUCUGCUGCAGAGUGUUGGCAUCACCCCCGACAUCCCCCACGCAGUUCAGCCCCUGAGGGUAGUAACAGAGGAUACGUGUCUGUUUCACUACCUAGUCCCCGCCCCCAUGUCUCCCUCCAACAAAUCAGUGGGCAGCGAUGCAGGAAGCCAAGAUUCUGGUGAUGGAAACGCAGGACCCAGGACAUUGCAUUGGGAUCCUGACCCCUCCACUCUGCAGCUGCACUCCGACUCUGAGAUGAUGGGGCGUGGAGCUGUGAGGCUGUGCAUGUCGAAAGUGGUGCAGGAGGACUUCAUCCCCAAGGAAAUGGUGUCCUACUCCAAGGAAACACAGACACAUACCGAGGCACCGGCACAAGUUGAACAAAAAGCAGUGGAAGAGGAGGAGGAUGAGGACACAGCUGCUCCCCCACCAGCAGAGGCCAACGAGGAGGACAAGGAGGAUGAAGGAGAGGAGCAGCAGGAUGACAUGCCCAAGGAGCUGACGGAGGAACAGAAGCUGCAGCUCUUGCACUCUGAGGAGUUCUUGUCGUUUUUUGAGCGUGGGAGCAGGAUUGUGGAGAGAGCUCUGGCUGAGCGGGUGGACGUCUGCUUUGACUACAGCGGGAGAGAUCUAGAGGAUAAGGAGGGUGAGAUGCAGGCAGGUGCUAAGCUGUUCCUGAACAGACAGUUUGCAGAUGAGCACUGGACUAAGAACAGAGUGGUCACCUGCCUUGACUGGUCCCCUCAGUACCCAGAGCUGCUGGUGGCCUCCUACAACAACAACGAGGAUGCUCCCCAUGAGCCUGAUGGAGUGGCACUGGUGUGGAACAUGAAGUACAAGAAGAACACACCCGAGUACACCUUCCACUGCCAGUCAGAGGUGAUGUCAGUGGGCUUCGCAAAGUUCCACCCCAACCUUGUGGUGGGUGGGACUUACUCCGGCCAGAUCGUAUUAUGGGACAACAGGAGCAAUAAACGCACUCCAGUCCAGAGGACGCCCCUGUCUGCAGCUGCACACACACACCCGGUCUACUGUGUGAGCGUAGUGGGAACCCAGAACGCCAACAAUCUGAUCAGCAUCUCCACUGAUGGCAAAAUGUGCUCCUGGAGCCUCGACAUGCUCUCCCAGCCACAGGACAGUCUGGAGCUGGUGUUCAAGCAGAGCAAGGCAGUGGCUGUCACUUCUAUGGCCUUUCCUCUGGCUGAUGUCAACAACUUUGUGGUUGGGAGUGAGGACGGCUCUGUUUACACUGCAUGUCGCCAUGGGAGUAAGGCAGGUAUCACUGAGGUGUUUGAGGGCCACCACGGGCCGGUGACAGGUCUGAGCUGUCACAGUGCUGCGGGAGCCGUCGACUUCUCUGACCUCUUCAUCUCGUCUUCCUUUGACUGGACUGUCAAGCUGUGGAGCACUAAGAGCACCCGUCCCUUGUACUCAUUUGAGGACAGUUGUGACUAUGUCUAUGAUGUGAUGUGGUCUCCCACACACCCCGCCCUGUUUGCCUGUGUGGACCUAGCUGGACGUCUGGAUCUGUGGAACCUCAACAACGAUACUGAGGUCCCCACUGCCACUGUGUAUGUGGAGGGUGCUCCAGCACUGAACCGUGUGAGAUGGUCUCACUCUGGCAGAGAGAUCGCCACUGGGGACUCAGAGGGACAGGUGCAGGUUUAUGACAUAGGAGAGCACAUCUGCGUGCCCAAACCUGAUGAGUGGACACGCUUUGUCAGGACGCUGGCUGAGAUCAACGAGAACCGCGAGGAAGCGGAGGAGCUGGCUGCCUAACCCCACAGUGACGACUGCGAAUAAACAACACUGCAGUACACCACACAAACCCAACAAUGCCAAGGGAACUGAGCUGUCCUUCCUUUAGCAUACAGCGUCCUUUUUCUGACUUAUUGGAACAUCAGCUGUGCUGAGGAGAUGUGUCGCGCUAGAAUGGCAAGAACAGACAGCUAGAAUGGAGUUUUUAGACACCUUAUUGAUGUGUUUUUAAAUGUUGUCUAGAGGUCGUCAGAGGUUUGAAUGUGAGCGAAUGUGAGAUCUGUGUAGUUGUAAUAGUGCAGUAACCGUAAUUUAGCUUGAGAUGAAAAGUCCAACUGAGAUGAAAACUUGGAAAAUGAAUAUCCAACAUGGAUACGGCCGUCCAUUCUGUCAUUCUAGCUCUAUGACAACAUCCUCAGGGCUCCAGACACCGCUCUUCUCCUAAGGCCUCAAACAACUCAGCCCUUUUUUAAAAUAUGCAAACCUUUGUACUUGCACCUUUUUAUUACCAUUUGAGUGUUUUUACAUUUUAGUGUUAAUAUUUUUCCUGACAUGUUUGUGCACAUGGCUGGUAAGGUGUACUUCAACACUGUAUAAGCUAACAUACAGUUUCUUCACUAUCCGCCUCAGCAGCACUUGAAUAUGAUGGCUUAACAGCUAAUCUGCUCACAUAUACACACUCUGGCCUGUGCAAAACUGUGUGUCAUCCUGAAAUUUUAACCACUACAAUAUUUAAUAUUUAUUCUGGGGGUUGCACUUAUUUAAACAUUUCAUGUACUGUAAAAACAGAAAAAAAGAAAAAAAGGCUGCUUUGUACUGAAAGCUUCUAGUAAAUUCCUUAUGUUAGCACACAGCCAAACUUUUUGCCAGGCAAAAAAUUGUUUUACUUGCCUUGAAGUCAUUGACACUAGUUAUAGUUUAGGACUGUUUUUUUUCUGUACCAAAGUUUGAUUACAUUUUAUACUGUGUUAUCUAUUUGAGUAGUAGAAAACUGAUUUCCUGACUUGUCCUCUCCAAGAGGAUGCAACUGAAGAUUGAGGAUGAAGGCCUACAGUCAAGAGGUUGUAAAUUCCUUUUUUAAUCAUAGAAUUGAAUUGGAUUCAAUUCCAUUUCUGUGAUUUCUUCCAUUUCCAUACAACUUUCAUUCCAUCCAGAAUGCAGCUUGCAUGAAACUGUUUUCAGUAGCACCAGGCUGGAAAAACAGUUCUAAAACAUGAUACAUGAUAUUUCGCACUGAAUCGUUCAAGUCCUUUUGUCCCAGACUUGACUAUUAAAUGAGAUAAAAUGCACUGUAAUAACCAAAUUGAAUAUAAAGCGACCAAGAUCAGCAUUGUAGGAAGACUUACUGUGCUGUAUUUUCCCCCACUAUUGUUCCUAAUACAGUCAAGUUGCACUUUCUCAUUGAAAUAAAACUCAAAUCAUAUUAAAAUUAAAA